AUUAAAAAUUAAAAUAAAAUGGAAAGCCUUUGUUGUUCCAUAUGCCUAUCAUUAACUAAAAAAACUAAAAACAUUUACAGUACAGACCUGCAAUAUAUUUACGAGAAACUCGCAAACUUCGAGUUAAGAGACGCUGACUGCUGGGUGUGUUACAUCUGCCACACGAGACUUCGACAAUGUCACCAGCUGCAGCAGUUGGCCGUGCAGACACGAGGCCUGAUUGAUGACAUAUUCCAGAAUAAGAUUGACUUCAAGUUUGGAACAAUUCGACCUUUGUUAGAAUUAUCAAUUCCGAAGACAACAAUUAUUUCAUCAUACAUAGAACAAUACUUAUGUGACACGGAGCUUCAUAAAGACAAUGGCAGAGAAGAAGAUAUAAUUCUAGACAAUACUAUAAAUCAUAAAGUGAAGGAACAAACUUUUAUUAAAUCUGAAGACGACGAAUCUUCACGGGACUUAGCUAAUGAGGAUAAAGCUCACGAAAUAAAUCUUGUUGAUAUAAGUCAGAUAGUUAAUGUAGAAAAUGCACCCCAAAAUACAACAAAUUCGGUUAUAGAAGAUCUCGAGUGCAGAACACAGUCAAAAUAUGAACAGAGCAUGGAGAACUUAGGAAUAAAACAAGAGAUAAAAGAAGAAAUAGAAGAUAAAGGCAGAGAAGAAGAUAUAAUUCUAGACAAUACUAUAAAUCAUAAAGUGAAGGAACAAACUUUUAUUAAAUCUGAAGACGACGAAUCUUCACGGGAUUUAGCUAAUGAGGAUAAAGCUCACGAAAUAAAUCUUGUUGAUAUAAGUCGGAUAGUUAAUGUAGAAAAUGCACCCCAAAAUACAACAAACUCGGAUAUAGAAGAUCUCGAGUGCAGAACACAGUCAAAAUAUGAACAGAGCAUGGAGAACUUAGGAAUAAAACAAGAGAUAAAAGAAGAAAUAGAAGAUAAAGGUAUCAAUGAGCGUGACAGCUCUAACAACAACAAAGAGCGAGACAAAAGAGCACUGUCUGGCUGUCACAAGAAAACACUCACCUGUGACAUAUGUCACAAGAUCUUUACAUACAGAAGCAAUCUAAUAUCUCACUUAAGAAGUCAUACUGGUGAGAAACCAUUUAAGUGUAAAAUAUGCUCAAAGGAAUUUUCACUUAAGGUGAAUUUGAAUACGCAUUUCAAGUUUACUCACACAGGCGUGAGAUAUAGCUGUGAUAUUUGCUCGAAAGCAUUAACAAAUGCGUACUAUUUAAAGAAGCACAAACUUAAACUGCAUUCGGAUGUGAAACCAUUUACCUGCCAAACUUGUUCGAAGAGUUUCUCGAUGCGUUUUCAACUUACCAGACACGAACUAACUCACAACGGUGAAAAAUUAUUAAGCUGCGACGUAUGUUCAAAGACAUUCUCAGACCCGUCCCAUUUGGUUGGCCACAAACGAACACACACGGGCGAUAAACCGUUCAGCUGCGACGCUUGCCCACAAAAGUUUGCCCGUAAUUCCACGUUGAAAAGGCACAUGCAAACUCACUCAGGCGAACAACCAUUUAGCUGUGAUAUCUGUUCGAAGAGAUUUACGUGCAAGGGCAGUUUAUAUCAACAUACACUCGUACACAGGGGUGACAAAAAACACAUCUGCCACGUUUGUGGCAAAAAAUUCUUAAAACGCUAUUUAAAAACUCAUUUACAAAGUCAUACAGGCAUCAAACGAUACAGCUGUGACGUUUGUAACAAAGGAUUUACACAGAAGAGCAGUUUAAAUGCACACAAGCUAGUUCAUUAGGAAUAUAGAACGUAAAAGUAGUUAUUUCCAUAGAAAAGUGUGUGAAAAACGCUAUACAUUGGAGACAAUCAACCCAAGUGCCUAAAAACAAUGUUACAAACCAAAAUCAGCUGGCAGUGAAAGUGCAUGAAAUAAAGUGUUAAAAAGGACUUCAUCGCCUUUAUAGGUACAAGGACUCAAAAACAAUGUGAAAAGUGAAGCGCGAAUGCAAAAGAAUUGACAAAAAGUUCAAAAUAAGUGUAAAAAAGUUUUUCAGCCAAAUAACAAAAUAAAAACUUUAUGUGGGUACCUAAACAUUGGACUUUGAACUGCAAACCCAAUAGUAGUUACCUACAAGUGUCACCUCACUACCAACUCAGAGUAGCAAGAUAUCGACAAUUGCAACCAUUACGUCAGCGUCUUGUUGGCCCAGCGGGACAAGUUCGAUUUAACAACGACAUGUCCCAGGAUCGCGUCCACGCGGCGCCAACACUUUACUUUUCGCUUUCUUAAACUUUAACAGCCUUAUUAAUAAACACAGACUAGAGCAAGAAUAACUUUACUCCUAGGUAAGAGUGAUAAAAUUCAGUAUUAAUAAACAUGGAGUAAGGAAGGAGUAAACUAAUCCGAAUCUACUCUCGGAAUAAAAGUUAGUCCUUCACACUACCUAGUUUAAGGAGAGAUUAAGUAUAGAACAAAGGUGUAUUUUGACAUUAAAAAAAAAAGCAUUGGAACAAAAAAUAACACGACCCAACAUUUUAUAGGUACCAGAUGUCUAACGCGAAUGUUCGUAAAAACUUACUUUUUCAUCUUCAUCCCAAUUACUGGAACGAAUA